AUGAAUGAUUUAGAAGAUAACUUCGCAAGCCAGAUUGAUGCAGCUAUAUCCAAUCCGUCGUUUGCAGAUUUUGAGCUUGAAAAACUAGAAAAAAUAUUCAGCAAUCCAAAAUUACGAAUUAAAGAUCAUCACAAUUUACAAAGAUUUCUAUUAAAAUUACUUUCAAAACAUGGAAAGAAAGCGUCUUCACUAUUCUCUACAUUAGAUUUAAGUCGUCUUACUCCUAGAGAAGCUUUAGAAGUUUUGGAAAACAAUGAUCUUGAUAAACAUUGCAUUGGCGAAUCAGCGUGUAACGUAUGUAUACAUCUUAUCAAAGAAAGUAACGAUUUAAAGAAGCAAAUGAGCAUUCUUUCUAGUCGUCUUGAAGAUAUCGAACAAUACAAUUUUGCAGACGAAUUUUCAAGAAUCAAUCAAGCAUUUCAAGUCAUUGAGAAUCGCAUCGAAAAGAACAUACCACGAGCGUCUCAAAAAACUGCAAAGAUCAAUGCAAAUCUCGAUAAACAUGUCGAUCAGAAGCUAGCAAUGCUUGCAGACGGUGUUGCUAAGAAGAUUACAGAUUUAGAGUCCAAAAUCAAGAAACAAGAUCGUGCCCAAACCUCUCAUUUCAAAGAAGCUCUCGACAAAUUAAAAUCUGUCGAAUCCGGAAUUGAUCCUCUCAAGAACGAAUCGAGAGAAAUGCGUCGCUCAAUACGUUCCGUACUACAGAAACAGAUAGAAAUCGAAGAAGCCCUCAAAGGCGACGCAUUUCUUCCUACAGACUCAGUACAGCUUCCUUUCGCCGGCCAUUCGUUCGAUGGUAUACUUGCUUAUCUUACAGAUGUCUGCCAAGGCAAUGUUCAUGAUAAACAUUCGGUUACAAUCACAUCAUCUUCAAUUGACCACGAAACUCCAUCAUUAGUUGCCGCAAGAGACCCAUCAGACUUUUUCUUAUCCGAAAACAAACCUGGCCAAUGGAUUAAGUUUGAUUUCGGAGAAAAUGUCGUUUGCUUAUCUCAUUAUUCCCUGAAGACACAUAAAUAUUCAGGAAAUUCGACUCAUUUAAAGAACUGGGUAAUCGAAGGCUCGAAUGAUGGCGACGAAUGGACAAAACUCGACAGAAGAACAACAAGUGUUCUGAACGGAGCAAAUAAGUUCCAGACAUUCCCAAUAACGAAUAAUGCUGGAGCUUUCAGAUACGUAAGGCUUAAAAUGACUGAUGUUAACUACAGAGGUGAUAAUGUCCUCGGAUUACAGUCAAUCGAAUUCUUUGGCGCCCUUAUGAAGGCACAGCCACAAUCUGUUGAAUAA